CCCUAGGCUAAAUGAAAGUAUGAAACGAAAAUUAGUGGUUAAUUUUGCUGCGUGUCGGCGGGCAAUUCAUAUAAACGAGCCGUCGUCUCGUUUACAUUUCUCCUCUCUUUAUAACUAAUCGGUGCAACAAAGAAGAAAACCCUGCAAAAUUCAAUCUUAGAGGUGAAGAAAAAAGAAAUGACGGGACUAACAUGUAACGCCUGUAAUCAAGAAUUCACCGACGAUGUAAAUCAAAAGCUCCAUUACAAAUCCGAUUGGCAUCGCUACAAUCUCAAACGCAAGGUAGCUGGUGUUCCAGGGGUGACCGAGGCGCUGUUUCUUGCGAAACAGACUGCGCUUCUUCAAGAGAAGGAGAACUCGAAAACGAGCCCUAUGAUAUACACCUGUGUUCUUUGCGGCAAGGGGUAUCGAAGCUCCAAAGCUCAUGCCCAGCAUCUGAAGUCGCGGGCCCACAUUAUACGAGCUUCUCAAGGGACAAAUGAAGAUGACGAUCGAGUAGUCAUUAAACCGCUUCCUCAACGGGAAGCAAAUAAGCGUCCUCUGCAAAGCUCGGUGGAGGAUGAAGGAAGUGAGGAUGACGAUGAUGAAUGGGAAGAGGUUGACUCGGAUGAUGAGUUGGUUGGCAAUGCUGCAAAGUCGUUGACUGGUUUGACUGUAAACGAAGCUGAGGAUAUGGACGAGGAUGAGAAUGAGGAUGAGGAUGGAGAUGAUGUGUUGUUGGAUCCGUCUUGCUGCUUUAUGUGUGAUCAAGAGCACAACAGCAUAGAAAGUUGUAUGGUUCACAUGCACAAGCAUCACGGGUUCUUUAUUCCCGAUGUUGAGUAUUUGAAGGAUCCGAAGGGCUUUCUUACUUAUCUAGGCCUUAAGGUGAAGAGGGAUCUCUUGUGUCUGUACUGCAAUGACAGAUGUCAUUCUUUUAACAGCUUAGAAGCAGUUAGGAAGCAUAUGGCAGCGAAAGGUCAUUGUAAAGUACAUUAUGGUGAUGGUGAUGAGGAAGAAGAAGCUGAAUUAGAAGAAUUUUAUGAUUAUAGCAGCAGUUAUGUGAAUGAGGAUGGAAAACAACUGGUUGCCUCAGGCGAUAUGGACAACACUGUAGAACUUGGUGGUGGUGGUUCAGAACUCAUCAUAACUACAAGUUCUAAUGAUAAAAUUUCUUCCAAAACUCUUGGUUCCCGUGAGUUUCUGCGUUAUUACCGUCAGAAACCACGUCCAUCACCCGUCGGUGGUGUGGCUAUUUCUGCUGCUCUAGCCUCUAGGUAUAGGAGCAUGGGGUUGGCAACUGUGCAGUCAAGACAGCAGAUGGUGAGGAUGAAAGUGAUGAAGGAAAUGAAUAACCGUUCAGUAGAAUCAAUGCGCUCCAAAAUUGGCAUGAAGAGUAAUGUUAUUAGGAACCUUCCUAAUAAUGUUCCAUAUUAGUCAUGGAGCUAAUCUUAUUGUUUUGUAGACCACAUAUUACUAGCAUUUUGUUUGAAUAUGAACGAUUCUUUACAUGUAACUUGCUAAACUCAUUACGCAUCCUAGGGCUUGUUUUUCUGUUGAUGCUUUUGGAUGCAUAUUAUACCAUUGGAUUUGAUUUGAAGACGAA